CGCAUGCUCGCGCGGCCGGUUGCGUACAGUAGUGACGGUCGCGCGGGAGCGGUCACGUGACCGUAGCGGCUGCCUGUACAGUAAGGACCCAAUAUGGCAGCGGCGGUAGCAGUGGCAACGGCAGCAGGAGGACCGGCCGCCCCAUAGACCCCCGCCCCCCCGCGCACCACCCCCGUCGCUUCCUCUGCUUGGGUGCUCCUCCGCCCUGACUUCCCCUUUCUCCCACCUUUCCCGGCACCGCGGGAAAAGCAUCGCAGGGCAGAGCAGGCAGGGAGGGCGGCCGGAGCCCGGACACGGGAGCCUCCCAGUCAGUUCAAGACCCGACAUGAGGGAAAAGGGCCGUAGGAAGAAGGGCAGGACCUGGGCGGAGGCCGCCAAGACGAGCCCCCAUUGGAUGCAGAUAGGAGAAGGCUUGUGCGUGCACCCAGCCCCGGAAAGAAGAGAGGAGCGCUGGAUCUUGGUAGAAUUUACCCGCUAUAGCGGACAUGCCGCCUGACCCCGGGUCCCCCGCUCGUCUGGGCUCCCAGAUCCAACGUGAGGUCACGAGGCUCAUGUUUUUGUUUGCUGUUGAAAGCUGAAAGUGCAAGAGGUGUUUAGAAACGAAGUAACAGGUGGGACUUGUAGAAUUUUUUUUUUCUGUUUCCGUAGGGACCUACUCUGAACAAGGCAGCAAUGCAUGGUGGGACGUGUAGUUUACCCGGCCUUGACUUUUCCGUAGCUAAAGUGAUGGUGGGUACACGAAGUUGUAAUUAGUAGGUAAAACCAUCUUUUUUUUUUUUUUUUCCUUUUUCAAUAACGAGGCUUAGAGGUAGGAUUUAAGUAAUCAGUGAGACUUUCAUUGUGUUGUAUGAAAAAAUGAAAAGCGUGUAUGUAUGUAGAAAUGAAACAUUAGGAGACGCAGCAGAAAAGUAAUAGGACUUUCAAACAGCAUGUUAGUGUUGGAAAGUUUGAAAGUGUGGAGACAUUAUCUUUAAUGGUGAAUCAUGUCAGUAAUACUUGUAUAAUAUGGAGAACCCUUCUAAAUGAACCUUUUUUAUAUGAUAUACGGUUUAUUUUUUAAAUGAGGUUUUUUUUUACUGAUUAUGAAAGUAAUAAAUGUAAACUGUGGGAGAAUUUGGAAGAUUAUAGGAACGUAUAAAGAAGAAAAUAAGAAAUCACGUAUUUCACCCCUCAACUAUAUCUGUUAAUGUUUUGUUAUCAUCCAGUCUUUUUAAUUUAUUUCCCCACAUUUGGAUCCUGCUGUUUAUUCAAUCUUAUGCAUUUUUGUAAACCUUGUGCAUUUGUUUUGUAAAUUUGAUGUGAUAGGGGAUUGAUGAGUCUUAAGCUUGUAUUUCUGUUUUAGUUGGAAAUGUGAAAAAGUUAGUGAAUAAAUAAAAGCACAUUUUAUUUAUUGAGUGUUUUCACUUAACAGUCUCUCUUCAUAAUUGUGACUGUGCUGAUAGUUUCCUUCUGAAAGAUAAACUCUAGAAAUUUUUUUGGUGGUGAGGAAAUUGCUGCUUCACAGAAGGCUGUUACACUUUCUUCUACUUGAUGAAUACCUCAAGACUUUUUCUUUUUAUCAAAAAGAUGGCAAAUUUUAAUUAUAGGUCUUAGAAAAAUACCCCAAUACACCCAUGAGUCAUAAAGAAAUUCUUCAAGUUAUCCAGAGAGAAGGACUAAAAGAAAUCAGUGGGACUUCCCCUCUUGCAUGCCUGAAUGCAAUGCUGCAUACAAACUCCCGAGGUGAAGAGGGCAUCUUCUAUAAGGUUCCAGGUAGAAUGGGAGUAUAUACUUUGAAGAAAGAUGUGCCGGAUGGGGUGAAAGAGCUAUCAGAAGGUUCGGAAGAAAGCAGUGAUGGUCAGUCAGACUCCCAGAGUUCCGAGAACAGCGGAAGCAGCAGUGAUGGUGGCAGCAACAAGGAGGGGAAAAAGAGCAGGUGGAAAAGGAAAGUAUCGUCUAGACUGUCACAGCCAUCUUCUCCCCAGUCAGGCUGCCCAUCACCUACCAUUCCAGCAGGUAAAGUCAUUUCUCCAUCACAGAAGCACAGCAAGAAGGCACUAAAGCAGGCUCUAAAACAGCAACAGCAGAAGAAGCAGCAACAGCAGUGCAGGCCGAGCAUGUCCAUCUCCUCCAACCAGCCUCUCUCUCUGAAGACUGUCAAAGCAACCAGUGACUCUCUACCUGCCAAACCUGCAAUAUGGGAAGGAAAGCCAUCUGAUGGGCAGUCAAGCAGCCCUCAAAACUCAAACUCUAGUUAUUCUUGUUCAGUUCAAGUGGAAAAUCCCUUGCUGGGCUUGGGGAAGAAGUCAUUCCAGAGGUCUGACAGGCUCCACACAAGGCAAAUGAAAAGGACUAAAUGUGCUGAAAUUGAUGUUGAGACACCAGACUCCAUUCUGGUUAAUACAAAUCUACGAGCACUGAUCAACAAGCACACCUUUUCAGUCCUUCCUGGAGAUUGCCAACAGCGACUGCUUUUACUCCUUCCAGAGGUGGAUCGACAGGUUGGUCCAGAUGGUCUGAUGAAGUUAAAUGGCUCAGCCCUUAACAAUGAGUUCUUCACUUCAGCAGCCCAAGGCUGGAAGGAAAGACUCUCAGAAGGUGAGUUUACACCUGAGAUGCAAGUGAGAAUUCGACAAGAGAUUGAGAAGGAGAAAAAAGUAGAGCCAUGGAAAGAACAAUUCUUUGAAAGCUACUAUGGUCAGAGUUCUGGUCUGAGCCUUGAGGAUUCAAAGAAAUUGACAGCCUCGCCCAGUGAUCUCAAAGUAAAGAAAACCCCAGCUGAGCAACCAAAAUCCAUGCUCCCUUCAGAGGCCUCACCUGUCGGUAUAGUCCCAGUAAUUCCCCAGUUAGGGUCUAAAGAAGAAGUGGUGCAAAUGCCAUCCCCAGUAAGAAAAGAAGAGCAUGAAGGCCAAGACAUGGUGCAGCCAAACCCCAAAUCCACAGAGCCCCUACUUCCCUCAGCAAGCAAUACACAAGAGCUUAGCAGCAUUCUUCCCAUCAAGUGCCCAAAGGAUGAUGAUCUCUUGGAGCAGAAGCCAGUUGCCUCUGCUGAACAGGAGUCUGAGAAGGAGAAUCAUCUCACUACAGUUUCUAAUUAUAACAAAGAUGAAAGCCAAGAAGCUUUAGUUACAUCCCCAAACAAACCCAAGAGUCCUGGGGUGGAAAAACCAGUAAUGAAGCCCAUAGCAGAAGCAGGUCCACAGGAUAUCACUGCGAAAGAACCUCCAUCAGCUCUGGUUGAUCACAGCCCAGAAAGCCUCAAGAGGAAAUCUUGUCUCAUCCAAGAAGAGGCCCCCGUGAGCUGGGAGAAAAGGCCACGUGUCACGGAGAAUCGCCAGUACCAGCAGCCAUUUCAAGUCUCGCCACAGCCCUUUCUCAGUAGAGGGGACAGGAUCCAGGUGCGAAAAGUACCACCUCUCAAGAUCCCGGUCUCCAGAAUCUCCCCCAUGCCUUUUCCUACAUCGCAGGUCUCUCCCAGGGCUCGUUUUCCAGUCUCCAUCACUAGUCCUAACAGAACAGGAGCCAGAACUCUUGCAGACAUCAAAGCAAAAGCCCAGCUGGUCAAAGCACAGAGGGCGGCCGCCGCCGCCGCCGCCGCUGCCGCCGCCGCCGCGGCCUCCGUUGGAGGGACCGUUCCAGGACCUGGCCCCGGGGGCGGACAAGGCCCCGGAGAGGGCGGUGACAGCAAGACCGCUGGAGGAGGGAGGCCAGACUCAGACAGAGGCCGCGAACCUGGAGAGGGCCCCACUCUGGAGUUGGCAGGAACUAGAAGCGGGGGAGGUACGAGAGAGCUUUUACCCUGUGGGCCAGAGACUCAGCCCCAGUCUGAGACCAAGGGCCCAGAGCAGGCUCAGCCUCAUGGUGUCUCUGGAGCACAACUACAGCAAACCCCCUCGGUGCCUCCAAGCUCUGCCGGCGGUGGAGCCGGCGCAAGGGCCCCCUCCCCAGCCCGCACUAAUGCGCCCCCACCCGCUGUAGGGAAGCCGGCUAACGAACCCCCGCACCCCCCCAGGGCAGCAGCCGCAGUGGCCUCUCUCCCCCACCCACAAGGCCCCGGGACCUGCAGACUGGAGAAGGCGCCUUCUGCUCCGGCGGGUUCCGCACUCAUCUCAGGUGCCUCCCCACCUGUUCGUUUCGCAGCCGAUGGCACAGUCGAGCCCAGAGCAGGUUCUGGUAGGAAUAUGCCAGACCCUUCGGCCUCAGCAGAGACAACUGCUAGUACUUCAGCGGCUGUGACUCCCUCUCCUUUAACAUCGUUGUUGACCGCAGCCGCUUUAGAGAAGCUUCCUGUACCCCAGGUCAGCGUGACUGUAGCGCCUCCGGGAUCAGCUCCGUCCUCGAGCACUUUGCCAGUAGCUUCUAGCCUUAAAACUCCAGGAACUUCUUCAAAUUUGAAUGGACCCAUGCCAAGGCCGAGCUCUAGUAUCCCUGCGAAUAACCCUUUGGUCACUCAGCUGCUUCAGGGCAAAGAUGUUCCCAUGGAGCAAAUUCUGCCUAAACCUCUCACCAAAGUUGAAAUGAAAACUGUCCCACUGCCCACGAAAGAGGAGCUGGGGACGGGAGUGCUCACGGGCCCUGGCGCCACAGAAGACAGCGUCAGAGAGGAAGGGGGUGAGAGGCAGUCCCACCCGGCUCUGCAGCAGCUGGGGAAAGCCUUGCAGAGUAAGCAGCUCUCCCAGGUUCCAAGACCCCUUCAGCUCUUUCCAGGUAAGGAACUGAGGGACUCUGGCAUUGACACACACCAGUACCAGGAAGGACUAAGCAAAGCCACCCAAGAGCAGAUCCUUCAGACUCUCAUCCAAAGGGUUCGGAGGCAGAACGUUCUCCCAUUUGUGCAGCCCUCCCAGUUCAACUUCGCUCACUCAGGUUUCCAGUUGGACGACAUCUCCACAAGCCAGAGGUUCAUGCUGGGUUUUGCUGGCAGAAGGACAUCGAAGCCUGCCAUGGCAGGUCACUACUUACUUAACAUUUCCACCUACGGCCGGGGUUCAGAGAGCUUUAGGAGGACCCAUUCUAUAAACCCUGAAGACCGUUCGUGUCUAAGUAGCCCCACGGAGGCCUUGAACAUGGGGUACACAGACUGUAAAAAUGCAACAGGAGAUAGUAGCAGUGGCAGAGAAGAAGAUACGGAUGAGGAAAGUACCAGUGAUGAGCAAGAACCCAUCGUGGUGAAGGAGGAGCCCCAGGCUGCCCAGGGUCCUGGCAGGUGUGAAGCAAGUUCGGGGCCCCACAGUAGAGAAGCCCUAUCCACCAAUGAUUGUUUCGCAAGAAAGAAUGUGAAGGUGGAGACACCAGUGCAUGAGCAAACCACUUUAAGCAAGGAGAAUUACCUGUUCACGAGAGGCCAAACAUUUGAUGAAAAGACCCUAGCCAGAGAUUUCAUUCAGGCAGCACAGAAACAAAUGGCUCAUGCAGUGAGAGGCAAGACGAUGCGUAGCAGCCCUGAGCUUUUCAAUUCUACUGCUCUUCCUCUGACCGCAGACAGUCCCACCCAUCAGCCUCUCCUCCUUCCACCACUGCAGACCCCGAAGCUGUAUGGAAGCCCCACGCAGAUCGGGCCAAGCUAUAGAGGCAUGAUCAAUGUCUCCACCUCGUCCGACAUGGACCGUAACUCUGCUGUCCCGGGGAUGCCUGACUGUAGCCAGGUGGCUAGCAAUGUAGGUGAUGUCAUGUCCUUUUCGGUGACUGUCACUACCAUCCCUGCUAGCCAAGCGAUGAAUCCCAGCAGCCAUGGCCAGACCAUUCCUGUUCAGGCCUUUCCUGAAGAGAACAGCAUCGAGGACGCACCUUCGAAAUGUUACUGCCGAUUGAAAGCCAUGAUCAUGUGCAAGGGGUGUGGAGCAUUCUGCCACGAUGAUUGCAUUGGGCCCUCGAAACUGUGUGUCUCCUGCCUUGUCGUUCGGUAACGAGACUAGAAAGAGAACACGCUGUAAAGGAGGCAGGGAGGGAAGGGUUGAUGAGAUGUGUUUUUUGCGUCCUUUCGGAAUCACAGAAAUAAAUAAGUAGGUUUCAGUUGUCUUAAGAGACAGACGUUACUUAAUCAGGAAUACAGAGUACAGAUCUUAUAUUUUAGAGGAAGAGCACCUUGUAUAGUAAGUCUAGGUCAAGCAAGACUUUGUGAAUUUGUGACAAGUUUGCACUUACAAAAUCAUGUAAAUAUGUCACAUUUUGUUUUAACAUUGUUUUCCCAAGUGUUUAGGUAAUGAUGUAUUUGAAUUCAGAUUUAUGUUCCACUUCACGUGACUCUGAGAAAAGUUCAAUGCCAUGCAUGGUUAAAGGAAGCUGUCUUUCUUCUCUCCUUUCCUAAGAGGCCAGGAAAAGGAAGGAAUGAAGGAAUGGUCUGGAGAAAUGACCAUUCAAGCUGAUUAUGUCAUGAUGGUCUGACUGCAGGCUUUCCUUAGAUUAUUCAGCCUUGGCGGGAUUUGGAUUCAGGGUUUACUCAGUCCUUUUACCUUAGACAGAACCUUCUUAAGUUCACAUUUUUGAUACUGUAUUAAUUUCAUAGGUAGUAAUUCAGACUCUGAAAGCUCUUGACCUGAUUCUUGGCUUCCACAAACCAGUACUGUUGCCAAGCUCUCUGCUUGCGCUUUGUGGCCCCCUGCCCUGCCCUGAGACCGUGAACGUGGCCCACGAAGGGUGUGCCACCCCAGGCCCCUGCUGUUCGCUGAGCCUGUGCUGGGCAGCAGUUCCAGCAGGAACAUCCGGGUACUUGGUCAGUCGGGGGGGCUUACAAAAAGGUGUGAGAUGCCAGUAGAGGAGUAACAAAAAAUGCUAGCCAUGGGGUGAUUUGAACUCUGUGUUUUGUUGGGCAAGGGAGUAAAAAAAAAGUGCAGAAACUCUUAAACUGGACGUAAAGGACUUUGGGAAACGAUUUUUAACCCUAGAAACAAGGUAGCCUCUCUUUUCCUCUUCUUGCCCAACCCUGUUCCCUAAUGUUCUGUAGUCCGCUGUUGUGCAGGAGGGAAAGCUCCUUGUUGCCACUUUGGCCCGUUCUGUUUCGCCUGUUUUGACCUCCCAGGCAUCUGAGGAGUGUGGAAUAAUCUUACCUCCUCUAGAUACUACUUUGAACACAACGUGUGCACACAGACAUACACAGUAAAAGUUAGACACUUCUGCUGUUCUGGAAGAUACGUCCUCUGUUUUGGAUUACUGCUUUCUAUGCACUAGAAAUUUCUAGUGUAAAGGGGCUUCAGUAAAUGGCUAAGGGAACAUCUAGAAAGGAAGAGAAAUUAGCUCCAAAGUUUUGUUGAUUCUUUUUUGUUUCCUUUGUUGUUGUUUUUUAAAUCUUGUCACUAGUGACUGAAGAGUUUUUGAGUACAUAUAUUUAGGUCAUGGUUAAAGAACAUUAAAAUAAAUCUACAAUUUAUCAGAAUUUGGUAUUAAGGAACCGGGUAUUGUCAAUAUGCAUCAUGCAUAUUGAUUUUAAGUUUUCCUAAUUUCAAGUGUGUAAAGUAAAAAUACUACUGCAACCUAGUACACUUCAUAUUCAGGAUGUGAUAUUGACCAUAUGCAGAACAGUGUCACUUGUUAAGUCACAUUCCAGAUUAGGAGAAAGUAGACAGUAAUACUCUUUGCUCUUCCCCAUUCUGUUACCCAUUCUUCACCCCACAUUAUACAUGCUUUUAAUACUUUUGAACCCCAUAAGAAACUUAAUACUUCACUGUUUUUUGGUUUUUGCUUCUGUGAUUUCUUGUGGCUCAAGGCGAAUACAGGAUUAAUAUCUCUGUUCUAGUUUCAGCCGAGACAAUAGGAUGUCCGCCUAAUUUCCCCUUUUCUUCCGGCACACACACAAGGAUCCAGGGAUAAGGAGUAAGUUCUCUAGCCAAGAUCCAGGAAGAAACAAAAAUGGUUCAGUUCUCCAAACUUUCAGUACUCGGUAAUCCAAGGGCAGGGGCUAAAAGGACCUAUUGCUGGUUAAAACUCUGUGCUCAGCUUCCUCACUCCCCAUGUUCAGUGCCAGGACUGAGGGCUGGUCUGUGUGCUGGAAGUGCCUGAGUAUUUCAGAACUAACCCCAUGCUAAACAUGAAUUACCAAUUUGGAUUGAUCAAAGUGAACUUUCUUCUUUGCACCUUUCCUGUCGUAGGAAGUCUCUCCUCCACGGUUCCCGUAAUCUGAGUUUGGACAGACUAACCAGGAGAGGAGGAAAGGGAUCAGGGAUUUUCAAGUCCAUUUGGAGAGCAAACCGUAUCGUGCCUCUUCUUCUUGACCAAGGCUCUUGCAGAUAGGUCCUAAGCAUUAUUAUUCCCCAGAUUCUCUUAACAAAUGAUACUCAGCUAAUAAAAUAUUUGCAUUUAUGGAUGUCCCUGAAAUAGGAUAUGUCAACUAGGUACACUGCUUCAGUCUUGACAAAAUGAGAGGAUAGGUUCUCUCGGCUUGGUAGUAAAUUGAACACAGUCCGUUUGUCAGUUUGUUUCAACACAGUGGUUUCAGGUAGAAAGUCAUUCAUUUUAAGAGCUGAACAGAAAAACAAUCAGCAACAAUCCAAACACAUUAACAAUACAAUUUGGCCCUUUUGAAAAUGAAGCAGUAGGAACAAGAAAAAUCUUUAUAUUACUGAGAGCAUGGUACUCCAAAUACCUUUAAAGCAGUUUUUAUUUUAGGUUUUUGGAGUUGCUUUACCUUUCAGUUCAAUCUGAAAGGUUGCUAAUCAAUGCUAAGCUUUUUUUUUUUUUUAAUGGUAUUUAGUUGCACUAUUUCCAGUGACUAGUCAGGCAUUAUGCCUGAUGCUUAUGCCUCCAGGGUAUGCUUCUCGAACCUUCAGAUACCUUCCAUUGUAGGUCACAUGGGGGAGAUAGCAUUAACAAUAAAUAUGUCAUCUCAGUCUUAAUGACUGUUCUGAGUUGUCUAGUAGAGAAGGCUCCCUGAAUCUUAAAAAAUUCGAUAAAAAUUCUCCAUCCUAUUAAACAACCUGGGGUUGUUCACCCUACUAUUCCUUAACCCCUGUGCUCAAGGUACUGAAACUAUCUGUGUUAUCCCAUGUAACAUUUCUAAGAAUAAGAUCUGGCAAAUGGGACAUUUUUCUUGAAGAAGGGGAAGCAUACUUGCGUGGGCUGGGAAGGCACCCAGAUGUAGGUGUUUUAGGAAUUAUCUCAGAUUUAAAUAGCCAAAGGAGGACCUCCUUGCCUUCCCGGUGAAGGUGUAAAUUCAUACAUAUUGAUGACUUGACAGUUAACCAUCCUAAUUGCUUAUUAUUGCCUUUCUCCACCUUAGAGCCCUUAAAGAACUCUUGGGUAAAAUUAUUUGUUAUGAGGGGUUCUUCUCUGGUCAUUACACCACUAUUUAUUUCUAGAACUCACUGUCAGUGAACAGUGCCAGGGUUUUCUCUGUGACCUAGAGGUUUCACUUCACAGCAAAGAGGGAAGAGUCCCCGUUGCAUUACAACAAUGUGCUAAGUAAAAAACUUGGCCAAUGGUAGUUUUCAGCUCAGUUUAUAGAAUAGUCCAAAGAGACUGAGAAACAUGAUGAUAGGCAGGGAUCUUUUCCUACCAUGUUUCAAUACCUACGUACCUAUUGAAAGGGAACAAUAGGUAAAACAUUUCCUGAAGUUGAAGUAAGAGCUUCAUAGAUUCUUGGUUACUUUAUUUUUUUUAAUGCUUUACAUUUGAUACAACUAUUAAAGAUCAAUUUUAAAAAAAUAGCUUUCCAGUAAUAUAUUUUAAGUAAUAUAUAUUUUAAUAUCUAUGUAAAAAGUGACAGCGGAAGACUUUGAAUUUCUCAUAUAUGGUAUGUUUAUGUAGGACCUCACUGUUAAGGCACAAAUUAUUACAAAGGAAGUUACUCUAAAGACACUCAGAUUAUUUCCGAAAAAUGCAAUAAGGGGAAUAGUUUUGGAGUUUAUUUUUUAUUUUAAAAGAAAAUCGACUUAUUUACCACGAGCUAUUUUUUUUCUUCUGGCUUAUAAGGUUUGUACAGACUGGUUUGGUAAAUGCUAAACUUUUGUGUCUUUUGCCUUUUUAAAGGAAUUGUUAACAUUGGAAUUGAGGGUAUGUACAGAGAAGUUGGUGUCAACACCAUUUAAAAAGUCAUAUUUUUUCACAAAUAUAGAAAAAUCAUUUUACAUAAGAAUUUUAAGUAUUUGCAAUAAAUAUAUGUAUAUAGAUUGUAUGUAUUCAUAUAUUCUUAUUUUUCAUUUUAUUAUUAAGUAAAAGAUAAUUAAAGUGAAAAUAAAAACCUUGGAGUUUUUGGUGACUCUUGAGGUCUGACAUCCGUCUGAGAGCGGUGCGGGUAAGGGCCCUCAGCUGUUCCCUUAUAUCACCAUUGCAAGAUUACCACAGAUUGUGUAGAAGAGUCAAAAUGAGGAAUUUGGUGAUAAACAAAUCAGGGUAGCAUGUUUCUUUCAGAACUCUAGUAAAAAUAUUAAAUAUGCCUAAUCUGUCUGUCUCUGUUUUCACCCUUGAACUGUUCUGUCUCUUAACCAUGGGAUGUUACUGGGAAUGUUAAAAACAGACAAACACAAAAACAUGGUGCGUUCUUUUUUUUUUUUUUUUUAAAGAUUUUAUUUAUUUAUUUGACAGAGAGAGACACAGCGAGAGAGGGAACACAGGCAGGGGGAGGGGGAGUGGGAGAAGCAGGCUUCCCGCUGAUCGGGGAGCCCGAUGCGGGGCUCGAUCCCAGGACCCUGGGAUCAUGACCUGAGCCGAAGGGGCAGACGCUUAACAACUGAGCCACCCAGGUGCCCCCUCUUUUUUUUUUUUAAUGUGCCCACUGUUUGCUUCUAAAACAAAGAAUGGUAAAAUAUCUCAGGGGUAAAAAUAGGUUUUUCUUUAUCAACAGUGGUUAAUAAUUCAUUAGCAAACAUUCACUGCCACCACCUUGCAGGCAGUAGGAGUAUGUGAAGAAAUAAUUUCAUGAAGAUAAUCGAAAACUUGUUUUCUGUUUCCCAGUUCUUCUCUGAGAAGUGAGUUUCCUAACCAGUUCAGUAUCCUUCCUGAUGAGUCUGAGAGGGAGUUUCCUAACCAGUUUUAGGUCCUUCUUGACUGAUCCGGAGAGCUAGAAGAGCUAGGAGAACUUUGAUUUUGAUCUCCAAAGUGUCAGGAAGGGCAUUUGUGCAAGUGAGGACUGAGCCAGAUAGUAGGAGAGCUUAACUGUCCGUGGUCCCAUACCUGCGAUAGCCUGGAAUCCUGCUGUUCAGGAGGUUUUGUGGUUGCAAAUACGUGGUUUUAGGAUCUGAUUGAAGGAGCCAAACACUACCUAGGUAGUCUUUGGAAGUAAAGGUAUCUAGCCCAUUCUUUAAACACAGAUUUAUUGAUGAAAUAAAAAAUAAGGUCAGAACUUCACGAAUGUAUCUUAGUGACCCAUGAAACUCACUCUUUAUUCUAGUUCCCUAGUUCUCCCCAUAAUUACUCAGCCAUGAUUAUUUUCACUGAUAAAAAUAGCAUAUUUUGGAAAUUAAUAAGGAUACAUAGAAUGCUUUUUAAAAGAUCGCUUUGUUAUUUUUCCAAAAAUGGAAAUUUCAAACAUCGGGGUUGCCCAAAGACGUUGAAGAUCGUUUACCAGUCCAAGAGAACAGCAUUCUAAAUCUUUGCUGAAAAUAUGCUUUACUAAAGGAAAUUUCUUAUGUCUCAGGGAACAUCUGCAUCCUUACAAUUCCCAUAUAUAAUAGGAGCGAAAGUGAAAUAUUUCAAUGUGUGUGAACCAGCCCAUUGUGGCAAUUUCCAGAAACCACCCCCCAUCCGCCGUUCAUAGUACAUAUUUGUAAUUAUUUAAAUGGGCCUCCUACCUCACUGGAAGUGAAAUUCAUAUUCAGGUUAAUGACGUAGGGGCCUAAACGUAUAGUUGACAGGCAGUUGAAUGAGAAAGAGCAGUAUACUAGAACACAACUUCAACUUGAAUCCCCAACUGUCCUUUAUUUACAUCAUAGUCCAGAAACCUGUGUUCGAUGCUUUUGACGCCAUUGACCACAAGUGGUCUUAAGAAAUAAGAUUUUGCGUAAUGAUUCUAGCUGGUUUUGUGUACAAAUCAUGUUGUUCACUAAUUCAUCUCUUUCUCGGAGCACCUACUAUGUGCUAAGCACUGUACUAAGGUUCAGGUUCUGCAAGGGUAAACAAAAGCAGCCAUGUAAAUUGUAAAAGGUCUUCCUAAUGUAGUAGCCAUACAGCAUGUGUCUAGUUCAGGGCUCCAGGAGUACUGUAUGCUACAUACUUCCCAAGACAUGAUGGAAAUUUAAGUGUAAAUGAGUUACGGAAGGAAACCAUUUGAGGCACUGGGUGAAACCCAGUGGCAAAACAUGAAGCAAGAAAGGAAAGGCAUUGCCCCUAGGUGAAAUAACAAUGUGGAAAUGAAAAGCCAUGUUAUUGAAAUGUACCUUUUCUGAAAACAAUCAUUGGAAGAUGUAGAAUUCUUUUUUUUUUUUUUUAAGAUUUUAUUUAUUUGACACACAGAAGGAGAGAGCUAGCACAAGCUGGGGGUGUGGCAGGCAGGGGAGAAGCAGGCUCCCUGCUGGGUAAGGAGCCCGAUGUGGGGCUCGAUCCCAGGACCUUGGGAUCAUGACCUGAGCCGAAGGCAGCUGCUUAAGUGACUGAGCCACCCAGGGGCCCCCAGAAGAUGUAGAAUUCUUAAUAGAAAUUUCAGGAAAUUUCUUUCUUUUUUUUUUUUAAGAUUUAUUUAUUUAUUUGACAGAGAGACAGCGAGAGAGGGAACACAAGCAGGGGGAGUGGGAAAGGGAGAAGCAGGCUUCCGGCCGAGCCAGGAGCCCGAUGCGGGGCUCGAUCUCAGGAUCCUGGGAUCAUGACCUGAGCCAAAGGCAGACGCUCAACGACUGAGCCACCCAGGCGCCCCAAACUUAAAGAAAUUUCUUAGCGUCUCAGUUGAAGAAAGAAUCCCUUUCAAUUAAUUCUGGUGAGUGCGUCUGGAAAGAUGCUAUAAUCUUAACUAACCCUUUCUAAUAACUGUUAGGUAGAUAAUGCAGCCUACUUGUCACUGAUGUUUAAACCCACAGGAAGCUUAAGGGAAUUGAAACUAAACCUUGAUUUUUAUCUUGUAGUCUGGUGAGAAUGAAGUGUAUCCCUUUAUUUUAUAUUAUUAAAGAGAUGUUGUAUCCCUGUUUUUUCUCCAUAAUGGAUAAAAUUAGUGUUCUAAAGUUUUUAUUCUAAUACUGUAGAAUUGGCUCCCCCACCCCAUCUCUAGUCACAGAACUUGAAUUACAAGAAACUUAGGAGGAUCCUAGCCUUUUUUAGUGGCCUAAAUUCCCAGUUCUUUCUUUGAGAAUUUCUGGUAAAAAAAAAAGUUUUUAAAGGAUAAAUCAUUGUAUUUUGUUAGUGCUUAUUCUUGAAUUUUCCUUACCAUUUAUCAUUAACUUGGAUUGAUGGAUUUGCAACUCAAAUUCUGCAUGCCAAAAUAUCCAUAUUCACCUUUCAGUCCAAGAGGUAUUUGGUAUAUUCCACCGUGAAGUGUCUCAACUUUGUCCAGGAAGUAGGAGGGUGGGUAUCCUCUAUUUUCCUAAUACUUGGUGGCCUUAAACAGAAGAUUGGGUUUCUUUUAUCGAGACUGUAUGAACUGAGGAAUCUCUAUACCUCCAUGGAGCUCUCAGUCUUAACCGAUAAAGGUCAUCCCUAGAAAGACUUCCUUAUAACAGGAAGGAGGGACUGGGCCUGGAAGGGAGAGCCAGAGAUGAUCAGGCUGUGGAGAUGGGCUAUGACCAGAUGGUCGGUUCUCCUGAAGAAUAACUUCCAACUCAAUGUUCCUGGUUCUUCAAAUUCAAAAGAGGCUAAAGGGAAAUAAAAAACCUACUGAUUUCCAUCUUGACUGGAAAACCCAGAGAAUGCUUAGGGGAGAAGAAAGGUAAACCCAAGAUUGGAUUUAAAAAUGGGUUUAAGUAAACUUUCAGUUAUUCUUAACUUUUUUACGAAAAAUUUUUUAAGGUUUUGGGUUCAUAUAAUGUUAAAUUGCCAUGAUUAGAACAUGGAAUUUGAUUUGAGAUAUUUUAUGGGCUAAGUGAUGGUUUUCUAUGGAAUUACCUAGCGGCAGCUUUUGCUGCUGAUCAGAAUUUAGGGUUGUGCACCUGUGUCUGUUAAAUAAUGUCGAUGUUGCUCAUAAACACUAUUAAGCCAACUUGAGUCAACACUUAAUUUUAUUAACUUUAAUCAUGGAUCCUCUUCUUAAAUAUUUAAAAUUUAGAUUAACCCAAUAAGAAAGCAAUGCAUUAAAUGUUAUCAAAAUAUUUGAAGAUAUUUUAUAACUAUUAUUUUACACACAGCCUAUUUCCUUUCUAUGGAAAGUGUGGUACAAAAAAAGUUUUACUUUCUUACUUUCUUUCCAAAAGCCCAUGUCUGAUGUUUUCAGAUACCUAGAGCUUAGAAAUGAUAGAGUUGGACUUUGGCCCUAAGUCAGCAAUUCCUCAUUUUAGGUUUUCAGGCAAUAGCAACCUGAAGACAUGGGUAGAGACCCCAACUGAACUUAUAUGUAAUCAAUUAACACAAACUAAAUUAAUGAAACUCUUGCAGAGUCUCAUAUUUGGUUUCCCCUUUGUUGCAUAAAGAGAUAGAUCUGGGCUGGGAAGGACCUGAAAAUUUGUUCUUUGAUAAUAAACUACUGGUUGAAGGACAGGUUCUUACUAAAUUCACAAAAUUCAUAGAAUCCAUGAAAGAUCUCAAGUACAUGACUAGUGAAACUCUAGAAAUUAAAAACCUUUCUCUUAGCCAUAAGUGCUAUGACCUGUUUUUUUAAAGCCCAUCUUAAUCCUGUGACUCAUUGCAUCACACCUUAAAACUUGCACCAGCACCAAGAGAAAUCAGAAUGGAAGAAAUGACCUUGUGCUGGUCUUGUUCACUCUAAAAUCUUUGUGCACAUAGGCCUUAGCACUUUGACAGAUAAAACUCUGCCUUUUAGCUCCCUCUCACUAUCGUCUUUAUUCCUCUCACUUUUAGACUGUUCCUUGUACUGGUUGUAUAAAACUACCUUCCUCAGAAUUGAAUGUAUAAUGUUUCUGCACAUGGGCAAAUUGUAUUUUAAUGACUCAUUUAAGUUGAAUAAAGGCAUACAGUUUUA